ACCAAUCUGGACUAUGCCCAGUCGGCAUUCUUAACAUGUGAUAGUGGUAAUAACUACUCAAUGGCUUGCCUUGUUAACCCGAUCUUGUAAAAAUGCAAAAUUUCACCAGAAUUAUACUUAUCGUGAUACUAUGGAACAUAACAGUAACCUUACAACAGGAUCACGGGCCCAGGGCGUUCCAUGUGUCAAUGCCGGAAACGUGGCACACUGCCCUGAAUGUGUGCAAGGUGACGGACAGCCUUCUGCUACCCGAACUCUCCGACCGACCACUGUUUCAAGACCAGUUGAAGGAGACUAUGCAACCCGGGGACUUUGUGUGGAUCAACGCCAAGCAGCUAACCAUUAACUUUACAUAUAGUCGAAAGUACCUGCGGCUGGCGUACGCAUUUCAGAAUCUGACCCUUCAGGACUGUCUGUGUUUUGACGGAAAACGUUAUUCUCUGUGUGGGACUGGUGGUGCGCGGAUCAGCUGGCGGGAGGCGGCCGGGACUUGCGGGUCUAUGGGUACCUGGCAGGCCAUAGAGCCGUCAAGUGUACAGCGCAUCGUCGGCUUGCUGAAGGAUGAGAUGCCCGUCUGGCUACAGAAGUACAGGAACAAUAUCCUCCCGGAGACUGAAUCCGAUCUGUGUAUUGGACUGGAGAGACAGACGGACGGAUCGUUCGCCGACCGGGUGGACAACUGCUCCAGCAAGCAUUCAUUUUUCUGUGUCAGGGACCCGGAUAAGUAUUCUCCGACCCUUACCCGUCUGUCGGAACCAGUUUCCGUGGUAACGGGCCAUGGCGACCAUGGCAACAAGAGCGUCCCUGUAGAUGAACACCCAAAAGACAGAGAAAGCAAUGCAGACAACGAGGACACUGCUCGCCCCGGUCUGGUAGUUGGUGUGGUUGGCGGGUUGGCGGCGUUGCUGGUGGUGCUCCUUGUGGGGUUCGGCGGCCGCUACGUUCUCCGCCGCUUUCGCCUUAGACAACAGUACAGGAAGAGUCGCCGCAGAUACAACGAUAGAAAGACGACGCUCAGUUCUCGGUCGGAAGCUGAGACCCGCCGGGAUAUGAGCCGGCCAUCCGUGCAGAGUUCCGGGUUCACAAAAACCGCCCUCAGCGAGGGAGAAUACGAGAAGAGCUACUCUACCCUACAGAAUGACGUGGUGCGACAGUGUAAAACCCGGAUGAUGAGUGACUUGCGGGGUCGGGAUUCCCAGGCGCCCCUUAAACCCUACCACAGCAUGGACGGGCUCAAUAAGGAGGGAGACGCGCUGCAGGAACUGGACGGGUAUGAGGACUACAACCCUCAAUGUACAGACCUCACCCUUGAGAACGGCCGCCUCCAUGUGGCCGGCUUCCCCGCGCCGGAUCAGGAAAUGUACGAAAACACACGUCCUGUUAAACAGAAGACCGCAAAUAUUGUUAAAAAAGCGAACGGCCGUUCCCAAGAAGAUGCCGCGACACCAGCGCUUCCGGGACACAAGAUGAAGGUUCAUGGAGUAAGGAGCCAACGCGGUGACAAUUAUGAUGACCCUAGAGCAAGAGUCGAGACUUACGACAUUCCGCCGAAGAGACAAAAAGGACGAUUCAGACUCCAGAAAAACAGCAAUAAGAAGACCACUACCAACAUGGAGGCGGAGCAAACGCAACUGUUAAGGACUAAAGAAAUGGUCAAGGACGUUGCUACCAUCGAUGACCUUGACGCGUACGAGAAUUCCAGCACACCCACUGUCGGGAGGAAAGAGGUCAACUCGAUUGACGACCUGGACUGUUAUGAGAACUAUUUGUUGACCCAAAAAGAAGCCCAGUGACAUUUGCAGACGCUGUGUAUAUAUACGAGUAUGUAUCGGAUAACGUGUAUAGAAUUAGUGUAAAUAAUUUGUUUUUAAAUAUAUGUUAUAUAUUUUUUUUUUAAUAUGCAUUGUUACUACUGGUUUUAACUUAAGGUUUUAACACAGUUCGAUGUAAUUUUGUUAUUUGUUUGAUAUGGACAUAAAUGUAUUAUUAUUUUGUUUUAAAAA